UGUUGGCGGUUGACGGCGGUUGGAGAUGGAGUCCGAGGGGGCGGGGUGCAGCAGGAGGGAGCAGAGAUGUUUGGAGCUUUUUUUUUAAUAUAAAAUUAUUUAUUUAAAUAAAAAUGGCCGCCGUGGAGAGCGGAGAGGAGAGACUGGAGGAGGGGCAAGAAGGUGAUGAAGGACCUAUUGAACCCCAGCCUCCAAGGAAGGAAAAAGACAGGUCCAAGACCAAGAAACCCCGCAGGGAACGUCGUCAUGCUGAGCGGGGGACGGAGACCAUGGCCUCAGCUUCAACCUCAACAGCACAGCAGCCACAGACAGGGUUGGAGCAACAGACCCAGAUGUCAGAGCCAGUGGCCGGUCCCUCAGAGCCAGGGUCAGAGUCUGCAGGUGGUAGCGAGUCUGCCGGAUCUUCCAGGCAGCGGCGCUCCAUCAUUCGGGACCGAGGGCCGCUGUAUGAUGACCCAUCUCUGCCCGAAGGCUGGACCCGCAAACUGAAACAGAGAAAGUCUGGACGCUCUGCUGGGAAGUUUGAUGUCUACCUAAUCAACUCGGAGGGGAAAGCGUUUCGUUCCAAGGUGGAGCUUAUUGCCUACUUCCAAAAGGUUGGUGACACAACAACCGACCCUAAUGAUUUUGACUUUACUGUUACUGGGCGUGGGAGCCCCUCCCGCCGUGAGAAGCGCCCACCCAAGAAACCAAAGGUGGUGAAACCAUCGGGGCGUGGUCGUGGGAGGCCCAAAGGCAGUGGGAAGAUGAGGCAGGCUACAGAAGGAGUGGCAAUGAAACGUGUGGUUGAGAAAACUCCGGGCAAACUGCUGGUCAAGAUGCCCUUCGGCAAAGCAGAGACCUCCACUGGCACCACGACCACCACCUCAAAGGUGGUGUCUCCUGCCUUGGUGACCAAGUCCCGCCCUGGCAGAAAGAGGAAAUCAGAACAAGAACUUCCGCCUCCACCACAGACUGCCCCCAAGAAACGGGGCAGGAAACCAGCGUCAGCCUCCACAGCAGCAUCAGUCGCCACAGCAUCCACCUCCGCUGCAUCAGCCUCUGGUAGCUCAACAGCAGGAAGUUACGCUGCAGCUGCCAUCUUGGCUGCUGAGGCCAAACGGAGAGCAGCUAAGGAGUCUUCCACCAAACCUGUUGUCCAGGAAACAGCUCUGCCAAUCAAAAAACGUAAAACGAGAGAGACAGUGGAGGAAAGGGAGAGUGUGCAGACUCCAAUGGCUACAACAACAGAGACUGGAAAGUCAACAGCGGCCGAGGAGGAGAGCAGUACAAUGGCAGGAGGUCCAAGCUCAGAGCCUGAGCCCGCCCCCUCUGAGCAGAGCCAGUCACAAUCACAGAAGCAGCCUUCUGCUUCAGAUGACAGCCAACCACAUGGACACAAGACACAUAAAGGGCGGAAGCACAAGGACAAAUCAGGAGAGGCAACAGGUGAUGGUGUAACCAAAGGGGAAGAAGUAGGUGAAGAUGUAAGCGAUAAGGGAGGAGAGGGGGGAUUGGGUGGAAGGGGUAGCAGUAGCAGCAGUAGCACUAGUCCGUCAAAAAGCCACAAAAGGAAGGAGCGAACACCUCACAAGCACCACCAUCACCACCACCACCAUCAUCAGCAUCGCCACCAACAAUCCACUGUCUCAACAUUGGAUGAACCUUCUCCUCCUCCUCCACCCUCUGGACACCCAGCACCUUCUAGCCAGUCCAAGCCUGACAUUGAGCCUCAGACUGUGCCUCAGCUCACCUCCCAACAGUCGCAGCACACCCAGCAAGCUCUUCCCAGACCGCAGUCCAAGUCUGCACCACAGUCCCUGCCCGAACCUCGACAUCCUACCCUGCAACCACGCUACCAGCCCCAGUUUCCCCAUGAGUCCCAAGCCCAGAGUCGUUACCCAGCACCCCAGUCCUCUCCUACCCGACACGGCCUGACACAACCACGCCCCCAACAGCCCCCAUCCCAAACCCACAGUCAGCCUCAGGCUGCCAACCAGAAAGUUCCCUCACAACCUGUUCAUUCCUCAACCCAACACCGAACCCAGCUUCAGAGUCAGCAUACGCAACCUCAGUCACAUCCUCCUCAGUGCCCCUCCAUCCUGCACAUCCAUCCGCACCAAACAAGGCAUCCACAUCCACAAACUACAUCCCCCACAGCACCCCAACCUCAAACCCAGUCAAGGCACCCAUCUCAACUCCAAACCCAGCUCAAACAGCAAUCUCAGCCCCAGCCCCGACAGUCACUUCAGCCUCAAAUUCAAUCCCAGGCCAGGACCCCAACUCAAGCUCAGAGUCAGUCCCAAUCCAGGCCUCCAGCCCAACCUCAGUCUCAGUUGCAGCCCAGAACCUCGGGCCAAACGCAGCCUCAAACCCAAUCCAGAACCCCAGUCCAGUUGCAACCCCUAUCCAGGACUCCAGCCCAAUCACAAUCAGCACCCCAAUCCAGGACCCCAUCCCAAAUGCCGUCGACACUCCACGCUAGGACCCCAACCCAAACUCAUCCUCAACCUCAGUCCAGAAACCAAGGUCAAAUGCAGCCUCAAUCCCAGUCCAGGACCCUAGCCCAAAUGCAGCCUCAAUCCCAGCCCAGACCUCAAACCCAAAUGCAGCCACAAGCCCAGUCUAGAACUUCAGCCCAACCUCAACCUCACCUGCAACCCAGACACCAAGUGCAACCACAGACAAGGCCCCCAUCACAACAUCAACUCCAGACUCAAUACAGACCACAAUCCAGUCAAUCUCUCUCCCAGCCUAGGCCGCCCCAGUCCCAACCCCAGUCCCAAGCACAACCACACUUUCAGCGGAUCCAACCACAGCUGCGCUCCCAGCCACACUCUCAGCUUACCAGGCCAAACGUGCAGCACCUCUCAUCCAGCCGACCAUCUUCCAGCCUAACCAGGACCAACCUCGUCCCUGCUCAGCAAAACCAGAGCGAACAGCCACAAGACCUGAGCACCACAAGGCCUGGCAGAGGGAGCCUGAUCCCGAGCCGAGACGUCAGCGUGGAAGGGGUUAGGACAGAGGGGAGAGGGGAGCCAGCCAUGCCAUCCGAAAGCAGAGAGGUUUUAGGAGGAGACAGAGGAUCAAACAGCACGUCGAGGCCUCCCAGCUCCAUGCCUCCUGGACCUCCUGGAGUAUCUGGGGCUGGUCACGUGCCUGGGGCAGAUGGUAGGGCUAGGCUCCGGGCAGAGCCAGAGGCAGCAGGUGAGGGUAGGGAGCUCAGAGACAUCGUCCCGCAAUCUGCUGUUCCCUGUCCCAGCCGAGAAGAAACCGUAGAGUCACGGACUGCUGUCAGCGAAAGAGUCAGCUGAUUGGUUGGACUGAUGAACCUGCCGUCUACCAAUAGCCUGACGGACUGAAUCAGCACCAGGCAGAAGAGGAGUAUGACUGGGAUGUCCUUGUAAUGGUUUUUACACCGUUUACAGAUAGAAGGAAAGCGUCACACAGAGCUGGAAGGACUGUCGCAGCUUGUUCUCUGUUUGAUUCUGUCUGGAGACUCUGUAAAGUUCUGGAUUAGAGAACCAACCUGGCGCUGAGGGACACCUCGAGUGGAAAAUGGAUAGUAUCUUUUUUUCUAGGAAAAACAAAUGAAAAGGAAAAACCGAUAAAAA